AAGAUGGACAACAAACAACUGCUGCGAGCGGCCCAACUUCUGCUGGCCAUCGAGGAGGGCAACAUCGCGCAAGUUGGCGCCAUCCUGGACGACGGUGGUGCCGCCGCCGUCAACUUCGUGAACCACCACAACAAGUGCCAAACGCCGCUGCACGAGGCCAUCCGGGGCGGCGAUCCGCAGCUGGUCGACCUGCUGCUGAGCCGGGGGGCGAACGCGGAGCUGCGCAACGUGGACAACAAAAAGCCGCUGGAUUUGUGCGCCGGGCUGGACGGUGGAAGGAGGGCGGCGGUUGAGGCGGUGUUUCGGGAGUUCUUCAGGAGGAAUAAGUUGGUGCGGGGAGUUGAGCGGGAGGGGAAGAAGGUGGAGGGGAUGGUGCGGACGUUCGUGAAGCGACCGGGGACGGCGGCGGUCGGUCAGUUCUACGAGACCAAGCUGCUGACGAUGGUGCUGUUCCGGCUGCUGAAUGACGAUCGGGUGCGGGAGUUCUACCUGGGGAACAAUCUGGACGAGGCGGGGGCGUUUGACGACAUCGUGCUGAGGGUUGUUGACGCAGGAGGAGGUGAGGGCAAGGUUUGGUGUCUGCAGGCCAAACAUCGGGAGGCGGCGAGCAGUGUGAACUUUCGGGAUCUGAUCAACAUGGCGAAGAAGGGAGGGGACUUUCACCUGGUGAAGUAUUUUGAUAGUUUUUUGAAGAUACGGUACUUGUUUGGAGGAGGUGGGGAGCAUGCGAUAUUCAGGGGGGAGUACGAGCGGGUGGAGUUGGAGCUGAUCAUCUUCACUCCGGCGGUGAUUCAUUUUCCUGAGGGAGUCGAGUGUGAAGUUACGGAUAGGAGUAACAUGUUUUACUCCGGAGAAGGAGGUAAAACAGUUCAAGUUAGGUGCACCAAAGAGUUGUUGGAUAUGUUUGUAGUGAUCUCGGAAGAUUGGCAUAAGAAAGCGAUAGCAGAAAUUUUAGGCAAACUCAUUUUGAUUGAAAAGUAUGACGUUGCAAAUCUUAAAGAUAGCGUUGAAAGACUGAAAAGUUCACAUUUUUCAAGUGAUUUCAACAGUUCAAGUAUUCUUAAAUUAUUCGGAAAUCAACAAAUCAUGUCAAUUUCAAACAGAAACCUCAAAAAGAUGAGUGAAGAAAUCGAGAAUAUGCUGAACGAAUCGCUCCUUCCAACUCCCACUCGCCACGCCUACCUAGUCGAGCAGUUUUUCGCCCAACUCCGCUUCUACACCGAGCAGGCCACCGAAGACAAGCUGGAACCGAUCGUUCGGUCCGACAUCAAGUCCGCAAACUACCGCAGUGACGGACCCCUGUUCUCGAAGCUGCACGACGCCGUCGAGUGCUGGUGGAAGCAAAGCGGCGACGUGCCCUUCCAAACGGAGCGCUGCCAACUGCUCGAGCUCGCCGCGAGCCAAGUCGAGCUGGAGCAGCUGCACGAGAACGGGCUCGGCAAGCUCCGGUCGGAUCGGGUCAGGUUCGACGCGAAGGAAACGGGCAAGUGCGGCUGGGUUGACUGCGAGGUCGUGAACGUGGUCAGCGCAACGCCGGAAUUGAGUUGCGUCCGGGUGAUUCAGUACCUGCAAAGUCGGGGCGUUGAUUUUAGGUGCGUUAUCGCGCAGUUUGGAGGUCGCAAGCUGGGCAGCUUGGGGCGAGCGCAGCCGGGCUGUACGAUGGUUGCUUAUCUACCGGAGGUAGAUAGUGAAGUCGUCGAGGAAUUGAGACGGGCGUCGUGGAAGUCAAUCGUGGUAACGAGAGAGCGACUUGAGGGGGGUUGGAUAUCGAAGUCGGAUGAAAUUCGCGGUUUGGUCGAUCUCGAGGCUGACAGUCAGGAGAAGAUCUUGAAAUCUCCGGUGACGUUUCAAGGUUGCCCAGUUCAACUGGGAGAGUUGUUGGAUCGAGCUCCCAGAAGUUUGAUAGACGGUGAAACGCUGCACAGAAUCAUUUACGAUGAAACUUUUGCAAUUUCAAACAACAGCUUCGCCAUGGACUUUGAAGAGUUGAAGGGGUGCUACGUCGAUCGGGACGUGCUGGACACGCGCAACAACAAGUUUGUAUCGCUGGGUAAGAUUCCGACCAAGGUCGUGAUCGUGGCGGCGGAACCAGGCAUGGGGAAGUCAACCCUGCUGACGGGACACGCCGUGAGGUUGAAAGAGGAGAAUCCUCUAAAGUGGAUCAUACGAAUGAAUUUGCUGGACUUGUCCAAACAGUUCAACGAAUGGAGCAAGGCGAAAACAAGUUUAAACGAAGAACAUGCGUCGACUCUGUUGCUGGAAAUCACAAGCUUCGAUAGCACUCGAAUCGGAUCCUUCGAAAGAAACAUCUUCGAGUGGUACUGCAAGCAGCGAAAGAUCAUUUUGUUGCUCGACGGAUUCGACGAAGUAAGUCCCGACUACACCGACGUAGUUCUGCAGCUAAUCCAGCUUUACAAGCGCAACUUCACGGCCAAACUGCGCAUAACAACGCGUUCCGGAGGGACGGAAAAACACUUGGAGAAUGCCCGCAACUUCGUGCAGUACUCGCUGGAACGCUUCUCCAAGGAACAGUCGAAAUUAUUUUUGACGCGAUUUUGGCAGUCCAAGCUGGGAGCACGGUUCGACGCGAAAAAGUUCGAAAGCUACUUCCUGCAGCUGCUGGCGCACCUGCUCGAAAAAAGCGACUUUGGCAAGGAUGACUUGAUCAGCAUUCCGUUGCAGAUCAAAAUGAUUGCGAUGAUGUUUCAGGACCACUUUGCAGAGUUCUGCAAGUCGCCGGAUGGUUUGGCGCAGUUCGAGAAGCUCGACCUGGUCACUUUGUACGAACGGUUCAUAGAACUCCAGUUCAGGGUGAUACUGUUGGAGGAGAAAAACAAAACUGACACUUCAAGGCCGUACCACGCGUAUGAAAGUAAAGAAAAUCUUUUAAAAAUCAAAAUCACACACCAGCUAGCAGCAAUCUGCAACUUGUUCGAAUAUUUCAGAAAAACUGACCUGUUCAGCGAUGCUGAAAUGGAAAACUUUGAACAAUUUCUCCAAAAAGUUCAGAAAUCGCACGAGAAAACGGGAAUUGUGACGAGAAUCGUGUUCGGAAAGCCAAUGUUUGUGCAUCGAACUUACGCCGAGUUUUUCGCCGCCCAAUUUAUCUGGGAAAAGUACGCACUUGCUCAAAACGAAGGUCUGAAUCUGUUCUACACGCUUGUACAGCACAUCAUCGAGAAGGAGUUCAACCAGGUCGCGAAGUUUCUGCAGCAAAUCGCUCGGCGGAAGAUUCACGAGUGUUUUGAUGUCGCAAGCAAGGCUUGCGAUUUGCUGAACAAACUCAUGACCCUGGUGGACGAUUCGAUGAAGAAGAUCCCAAGCGUUGCGUUCGCCUUCAUUUUGGGAAUCGUUGAGCAUUCACUGACUUCGGACAGCGAGUGCUUCUUGAAAGUGAAGGAAUUUGUCUACGAACAAUCCGUCGAUUUCCGCGACAUUCUGCUGAUAAAGGCGUCCGAAAGUGGAUAUCUGCACCUGCUUCGUCUCGUAACGGACGAAAAUCCCGACAAAAUAAACGCGUCUUUCAACGAAAUUCAAGGCAAAACAGCCCUACAAAUGGAGGAAGAAUACGCGGGUUCAGCGAUAACGCGAAUUCUCAACGAACUCGACAACGAAAGAAUUCUCGAAAGCUUCCGAUUCUCACCCCUGCAUCGCGCAGCGAUGAAAGGCUCCGCGACAGUCGUGUCCUUCCUUUUGGAAGGUGGAGCGUCCAUCGACGACGCGACCAAGCUCGGCGAAACCCCCUUAUUCUUGGCCUGCGCAGCAGGCCACCUGCCGGUCGUCCAAACGUUGCUCGCGCUCGGCGCAAACGUCAACACAGCUACGGCGGAGUCGCUCACGCCGCUGCACGUGGCGUCCAAAAACGGCCACGCGCACGUUGUCCGCACCCUUCUAAACGUCAACGCCACCAACCUGCACGUUUGUUCCGAGCGGGGCGAAGCCCCGCUGCACUCCGCCAUCGCAAACGGGCACACCGAAAUCGUGCUGCUUCUGCUCAAGAAAGGAGCAAACGUGACCGUCGCAGCGACCGAAAGAGGUUGGACGCCGCUGCACUUUGCGGUUCAGCAAAACUUGUACGGCAUAGCUGAGAUUUUGCUGGAAAGAGGCGCACCCGUUCACGGCGUCAGCCGCGAUCGCGAGGAAACGGCGCUGCACUUGGCAGUGGCGGCGGAAAAUCUCGCAAUGGUGCAGCUGCUGCUCGGGAAAGGUGCCGACGCGGACGCCCUCGACAGGUGUGGCAAAACGGGCCUGAACUACGCCGUCAGAAGCAAGUCCGUCGAAAUUGUCACCACCCUGCUGAAAUACGGAGCGACUUUGUACGAGUAUGACCUCGGGUGGACGCCACUGCACGAAGCGGCCUCCGUGGGUUCGCUGGAACUGGUCGAGCUGUUCCUCGCGCAGGGCGUCGAUGUCAACCGGAGGGCAAGGCACGGCCUGACACCGCUCUUGAUGGCCAGUUUCGCCCGGCAGACCAACAUGGUGAAGCUGCUGCUGGACAGGGGGGCCAACGUGAACCUGGGCACGUACGUGGAUGGCUACAUGCCGAUGCACUGUGCGGCGCAGAAGAAUUGCCCGGAAAUGAUUAGGCUGUUCGCGAAGAAGGGAGCGGACGUAAAUUGCCUCGCCAAGAGUAUGGGCUGUACUCCGCUGCAUGUGGCGAUCAUGAAUAAAGCGGUCAAGGCUGUGCGCUUGCUCUUGAGUCUGGGAGCUGAUCCUGAUGUGGGCACCACCUUUGGGUAUGCAACUUUAGAAAUGGCAAGGGAUUAUCUUCAUUGGGACAGUUUGUAAAUAUAGUUCAGAAUCGAUUAUCUGAAGGUUUGUAGAGAUAUCGGAUAAUCGAAUCAAGAAAAAAAAUGUUUUGAACAUAUUUCAUCUAAAUAUUUCAUCACCGCCAUCUUGGAUCUAACA